AUGGAUCUCGAGUGGCCUCCCCUCCAAGGGGAGUUACUGACGAAGCUGAAGUCAUGCUUUGCAAGCCCCCGGCAGCUGCAUUAUGAUUUUGAUGAUAGCGAAGGUGCACGCAAAUUGGUAGAGGUGCUGGUGCCAGGAUUGGGGGCAGGCAACGUUCAGCUUGCAGUGGAUCAGUUGGUCAAGUGGCAUAAGGAGGGCGCGAGCUCAGUGUUGCGCGCCAAGAGAAUUGCAAGAGCAGGUUUGUCGGAGAGCUUGGUGGGGCAGCAUACCGUUUCUGCAUCCACUAUUUCAGAGGCAUAUGAUAAGCUUGCACAUAGCAAUCCUCUCUCGCUUUUGCCUGCGAUCGAAAGGGCCAGAAAGGCAAGGGAGAACAGCGUGGAUCCAUCAAAGAGGGCGGCUGAGGAAAGGGCUGCUAAAGCCAAGUAUGCCACUCUCUUGUACAGCUUCUUGGUUGAGGCGAGGGCACCAAUAGUAGAUAUCUUGAAGGAAGUCACCGACUCUGAAGAGGCAUGUGUGCGCAUCUUUGGAACACGAAGGUCAAAGACUUUGAGGAAUCGCUUUCACUCGUGGAGCAAGUUCGCGAGAUGGCUGGAGACUUCGAAGGGCCGCGUCUGGCCUGCCGGGCUGCAGGAUCUCUUGGAUUAUGCUACUGAAGCUGUGAAGGAGGGCGCUGGUAAGACGACCAUAGAUUCUUUUUCAGCGGCACUUUCUGUUCUGGAACAGGUCGGACGUUUCGGGGAAGGUGAUAUGCUGUCAAGAGAUCCAACGUGGAUUUCGUACAGUAAGAAUGUUACUGCAGAGCUGGUGGAGAAAGGGCCGAUGUUGCACCAGGCGGCCCAGCCUACAGUAGCGAUGGCGCUUUCUCUCGAGCUUUACGUGUUUGACGAAGAUAGAGCAAGAUAUGCAAGGGCAUUGGCUUUUGUUGCACUUCUGAUGCUAUGGGGGAGCAUGAGGUCCGAUGACGUUCAGUGCAUGAGGCCAGAGAGCAUGCGACUCACUAUAGAAGGACUGUCUUGCAAACUUUGGAAGACAAAGACGACGGGCCCAGAUCGAAGGAUCAACAUGGUGCAGGUCUUCAUAUCCCGCAAGGCCAGUUUCUCUGGCUUGGAUUGGCUGGCAAAGGGGCAUGAGAUUUGGUCAGAGAUCAAAGACAAAAGGGAUUUCUUGGUUUUGCAAGCUUCAGAGGAUUGGGAAACCUGCGGCAACAAAGGGGUCGAUGCCCCUGCAGUGUCACUCUAUGUGCGAAAGAUUUACAAGGAGCUUUGUGUUCCGCGCUGGGUCGAGGGCCGCUGGAUACAGAACAAGGAGCGUCUGUUACUUCCAGGGGAUUGUGCACUGCAUUUCUCUGGACAUUCAGCGAGGAACUUUCUUACUUCGAUCGCGGCAGCCAUCAGGGUUCCUAAGGACGACAGGGACUUUCUUGGACGCUGGAAGGUCGGUGGAGGUGGCUCUGCUGACUACACAAGAACAGCUCGGCAAAUAGUGCAUCGCAUCCAGGAGCAGGUUGCAGAGACUGUCUUGCUUGGGAGAGAGCGGGGCUACGUGGAGGCUGAUGCUUUGGAUGCAUUGCAAAGUUUCGCAGAAGAGCGAGGCGAGAUUGGUGCCGUGGUCAGGGCAAGGCAUGAGCUUGUUAGAGCAAACAAAGUUGGGGGAAACCCCCGACUUGGCGGGCGCUACCCGCCCCUCUACAUGCAGAGCAUCCCCGGACCUCAUGUGAUCACUGAGGAGGCAGCGGAGGACCAGCCGGAAACCGCCGCUGCCCCGAAAGGGGAGGCUAAGUACUUUAUCAGUGUAAGUAAGAAGACAGGGAUGGCAGUCACAGAAGCAGAGAUGCGUGAGAGAGUCAACAGUGUCGAUGCCGAUCUGCAAUAUGUAUUGCAGGAGGCUAUCGCUGAUGAUCGUGCAGGUUCGCGCACGGCUGCGAACACAGACUUUGGAGUGCCAAGAGACACGCCUGCAGGGCGUCAGCAAACGGCUGCUAUAGUGGCAGCGUGGGAACUUGCCAAAGAGAUUAGCUCCAAAGAAAUUGAACUCCGGGCGGAGGCCCGUGCACUCAAUCAGCCCAGGAUCUUGCAGACCCAGGAAAGGCAGGCCAUGCUGCGCGCGGUUUCGGCCGCUUAUGGCAAGCUCAACGAGGCCGAAACACCUAGUGCAGAGUACUUGGCUUUGAAAGCAGAAGAGACCGAGCAGAAUGAGCCGACUGCGGCACAGCUUGAUACUAUCACUUCGAAGCGAGAUUCUCAAACAGCCACCAUCCAGUCUAGUGUUGAUCCUGCCGGACAUUUGCGCAUCACGAAAACCAAGCAGAAAGUCGAGAUGCCUCAAAACUCUGAAGCUUACCGGAGAGUCUUGAAGAUUGAGGGUUACUCUUGGUUGGCAAUGCAGUCCAGGUAUAAAUCUAAGACUUGGCUUCAGGGCUUGACGAUGGCAGAUUUCACCAAGUUCGUCGACUACAUUCUCGGCGAGCGGGUCGCGGGCCUCAGAUUGGAGCAGGCCACGGGCUACGACAGUAGCCAAAAUGCACUCUUCCGACCCCCAUGGGGGAUCGUGCUUCGCUAUGAGUACAAGUUAAGGAAAGAAGCUUUCAGGCUAGUGAAUGAUGAAGGUCAGACGCUUCAAGAUGCUUUGGCUGCCGUGACUAAGGAUACCGAGCUUAAAGAAGUUCAUUUUGUCACUCCCCUAACCUUGACCGCUUUCCCCAUGCCAUCAAAGUGGACACGCAGGGGGGAGAAAGGUGACAAAGGUGGCAAAGGCAAGGAUCCUAGGACAGGGAAAGGCAAGCAAGGGAAAGGCAAAGGCGAAGAGAAAGGUGCAUUCAGAGGCCUACAGCUAGUCUGGAGGACACCGGAUGGCAAAGACAUCUGUUUCGCAUACAACAAUCAGGGUUGCCAGGGCAACUGUGGGAGCUUUCGCAAGGCAACAACAAAGCCGAGUGACGGAGGCUGCUUUGUGCUUGAGAGCCCUGAGGAUUUGGGUGCCACCAAGGCGCCCUGCGCCGAGGACAUCAUUCGCUUGUACGAAGCUUUGCCGAAGGAGGUAUCAAAGUUCCCACGGCUGGACGAGCCUACGAGCGACUUGGGGCGCUUGUAUGAGCGGGCAUUGAGUGAAGCAAGUGUGCAGCUUGCGGGUCAGGCUACCUUGAAGUUACCCUGGGAGAAGGGCAUUUAUGCCGAGAUUUUCAGUGGUAGCGAGCUGCCUAGGAUGCCUACUUUACCUGUGCCUGCUACUCUUCCAGUCGUAGAUGUUGCAAGACCUGGGACCCAGCACAGCGAAGCCUUGAAGCAGACAUCAGAUCCUCUGCCAAAAUUCGAGAGUGCAGUCUACAAGCACUGUCUGCAUAAAUCAACUAUUGCUGCUGGCGGGAGACCCGGGACAGAUCGAGAUGCCGUCUACAGGCGCUGGCUUUGUAUCUUGGGCCACAAUCUUGCUGGCUCUAAGAUUGGAGAGUACAUUGCUGAUGGUGCCGAAGACCCUCUUGUUUUGAUUGCGGACACCUUUGGAGGGAAAAGUACGAGCACCUUGCUUAAGAGAGCCAGGUUUGUCGCCCGGAUGCUUACGUGGGCGUCUGAGCAUAGUCAGACGUUCUUUCCGCUGCGGCUUGGACCAUUGCUUUCAUUCAUGCGCAGUUUGACAUCAGAGAGUGCCAAGGCCCAGUGUGGAGAGACAAUCAAUUUCCUUGUGCAUGUCCUUGGUGUGCAUGCCGAUCUGGAUAUUUUGAAGCAUCCUGUAAUCCAAGGGCUUCUACGGGGGUCUCGGUCAACAGGGAAAGAGAUCAAGCAGUCCAGGGUACUCACUGUCCGGGAAGUUAUGGCGCUCGAAGAUAUGCUCAGUGAUGCAUCCCUUGAUCCUGUUGAUCGAUAUGGUGCAGGAGUUUUUCUCUUCCAGAUUUACAGCCGGGCACGAGUGUCCGACAUCAGGAACAUCCAGCGCUUUGAGCUCGACCUGAGUGGAGAUGACGGAUACCUUGAGGCGAAAACGAUGGACCACAAGAAUGCGACCAGAGGACGUGGGCUGGGGCAGAGCUUGAUUCUCGUUGCUCCGGUUCAGGGCCUGCGGGAUAAGGCGUGGGGUAUCCAGUUCAUCGAGGUUGCAAAGAUGGUUGGGUUCAACCUUCGACAGGGCAACAACCCUCUCCUGGAUGACGAAGGCGAGAGCAGUCAGGAAUCAAAGGCUGAGGUUACAGAUCCUCUCAUUCUCGCUGCUGAACAGUUCCGGUUUGGCGAUCCUGAUGAAAUCAUUGACACUGGAGGCGAUGUCGGCAGUGAACACGAGCCCUUGCUCGAGGAAGGAAAGCCAGCUGACAAUUGUGAUGCUGAGCCUGAGCAGGAUGCUGAGGAUUCCGACUCGAGUACCUCUAGUUCUUCAGGUUCCUCUGAUGACCAUGCCGAAGCUUAUGAGAGUUUCGCCAGUGAUGCUGCCCUUGAUUGUGCUGUGCCUCACUUGAACAAAGAGGUGGACUUGGACCUAGUGGUCUUCAUUGAGGAUGGCGAGGGCUAUGGGUUGGUCGAGGGCUUCGGGCCUGCACAGCACAUUGCCGUGUUCUUGGAAAGAUGUGAGACGGCCGGAUUGCCAACGCCGAUUCGGGACAUCUUGGUUGGCAAGAAUCUCAGUACCUUGGCAGGUCUCGCAUUCGCAGCGGGGCAGCCGGGGGAAACACCGAGUGAUGCAGCGCUUACCGGCCUGGCGAGAUCCGGCACAGAGGAAGUUCCAAUAGCGACCCUAGCCUCCUUGAGGCGGUUGGUGUUUGAAGCGCAGCUCCUCAUGACCGCGCAGGUGAAGAUGCUGAUCGAGCAUCGUGCCGAUGACCAAAAGGCGGAAUUAGCACCCGCAGAAAGAUCGGAGCGAAUCCAGAAGCAGAGCGAGCGCCUGGCCGGUGUUGCACUCCGCAACGAGUCAGAAUGCUCCUAUGGGUCAUAUGAUUUGGUCAUGAAGAUGGUCCAGGAGAACUGUGUCUCCUACUUGUCUCCAGCUAGGUUUCCGUCUCGGCAGGCCGAACUUCGUCUGGAGAAACCUCGAAAGGAGCUUGAUGUGGUCAACUCAAAAAUCACUUUGAAGGACCAGGCAGUCGAUCUUCAAUGCCAGCUUCACACGCCGCUGUGCCUGCAUCAUGCUCUUCAUCGACGGGCACUUGCAAUGGAUCUCGUUGGGGUAGCCAGCUACAGUGUGAGCAUGGAAUUUCACGAGUACUUGAUGUCACACCUUACCAUGGAGCCACCGCCUGGCUAUCAUCAAGUCACACUGCAUCAGGUUCUAGCAGCUGACCGAGCCGCUUGGUUGCGACUCGCGGAGAAACUUCCUAAAGGGCUUCGUGCUGGUCCCGAUGGGAAACUCCCGCUGGAUAUCGAGCUCCCGAAAUUGCAGGGCGACCCGAAAGUGGCUUUUCAUCUCUUACCUCUGGGACCUUCUGCUUCAUCAUCCGGGAAGCGUUCGAUGGAUGGCGACCAGGGCCAGAACAACGAUUCGAAGAUCCAGAGGACUGGAGGCAAGGGUAAAGGGAAGGGCAAAACCAAAACCAAAGCCUUUCCUAAGUCUAUGCCUGUGUCCCUCAAAGACAAGUGGUCGCGAACCAAACGUGGUGUUCCGAUAUGCUGGGCCUUCAACACGGAAGAGGGCUGUUGUGACUUGAUUGAAUCACUGGAGGUUUUCCUUAACCGGGCUAGGGCUCGGGUAACUGGUGUUUCGAUCGAGGCACUCUUUGGAGUUGAAGUUUUUGCAGGGUCUGGUCGCUUGACUUGCGAGCUCCGCAGGCUGGGGCUUAAUGAUAGUAUUGGUGUUGACAAGAAUGUCGGCCGAUGCUUGAUCGCACCGGUGUUGCGUCUCGACCUUGGUGACGAGCAGGCGCGCGAGCUUGUCGUGCAAAUGCUAGAAAAUCCCAAUUGUGCCUACGUUCAUGUUUCUCCCCCUGCCUUGAACCAGAAACAUCGCAGUUUGAAGCAUCGUGAUGGUGCCGAUGCUUCGUGCUAUUCAGCCUCGUGUAGCUUGUUGUACGAGUUCUGCGGGAAGCUCUUUAGCAUGUGCUGGUCCAAAGGCAUUCUCUUUUCUUGCGAAAACCCUGGACAGUCAGAGCUGUGGCGAACGCCACAGUGGUGCAAGCAUACGUUGUGUUUAAAUUCCAUUGAUACUGUUUUUCACAUGUGCAUGUGGGGAUCUCUCAGCCCUCGUUUCACACGUAUUGUUCAUUCUGUGCCUUCGCUAACGCAGCUGGGUGUGCGUUGUUGCGGUGUAAGCUCCAGCCACACGCAUGAGUCCCGAAACGCGCUCCAUGACUCCACAUUCCCUCUAGAUCUCAGUCGUGCGUGGGCAAAUGCAAUUGUGGAGCAACUUGUUGCUUUGGGCGCCCUGCCUCGUGCGCGCUCCUUGGAUGAGUCUCGAGCUCCCCUACACCGUGAAGCCCAGGUGGCAGCGGCUUCACAGCCAACACGCAAGAAGGUGCCUCCUCUUGUUAGUGAAUUUCGCUGCGUGGCGACAAUUGACACGCCCAAGCCUUUUCUUGACACAGCUUCCAAGAAACUUGAGGGGCCAAUUCCCAUCCCUGCGGGUGCCAAGUGUGAUACUACGUUGACUGUGCUACCGGCAGGCUCUCGCGUCAUUCGCAGGCAGUUGCUGGGGGUGAGUUCGCCUGCUUUGAAGCUCGAUGUAGGGUCGGAAACUAGCAAUCCCACUAGCGGCCGUGUUGCUUCUUUUCCUGAAGUAAGCAAGCCCAAGCCUGAUCGAGUGCAAGUGUGUUCUGAAGCCACUCAUCCCGCAGAGGCUUUUGCUGCAUCGUGCCUAAAGCUGGGGUAUAUCGACCCGGGAAAAAUUUCCGAGUUCACUCAACUUCUUGAGUCGGAGCUUCCGGCCAGGGGGGAUGGAGGUCAGCACGAAUUUUCCUUCACGGUGGGAUCCUUUGUUCAUGGCGGUAUUUAUGGGCUUAGAACUUCUUCGGUUAACUUUCCGCUGACAACUCAGGUCCUUGCAAGGUUCAUGCGCCAGCAGUGCCCAGACGCUGUUUUCACGAGCCUGGCUUUGAUGAGGGAUGUGCAAACUACAUUACACAUCGACACGAACAAUUCAUUACCCUACCUGAACACUGUGGCGAAGGUCACCAAUUUCGAGGAAGGGGGUUUGUGGGUUCACAACGAUCACGGCGACAUGCCUUGCCCUGAUGCAAAUUUUGGGCAGCUGAUGGGAACGAAGGUCGACUUCGAAAACGGCUUGACAGGCCUGAGGAAGGCAUGCCACGAUUUCCCGCUGGCCACCAAGUGCUUGGUCCGUUUUGUUCGAAGCAUGCGUCCUUUCCAUCCUUUCAGCACCAUCAGCAUUUACGACAAUGUGUGCACUGCCCUCCAUAAGGACAGCCGCAAUGCUUGCUGCGAGAACUUGAUAAUCCCUCUUACCCAAUUUUCUGGGGGCGAGUUGUGGAUGCAACAAGACAAGGGUGCUACACCUCAGGACUUUGGGGGCUCUGAAGUGUUUGGGACGGCAGUGCCGAUUCCCCCAGAAGGCUUGUGCUUCGAUGCUCGUGGCAUCUUGCAUUGCACCAUGCCUUGGAAGGGCCGCCGACUGAUUGCCGUUGCAUUCACGGUGUCGAAGACUGAGGAGCUGAAGCAAUCGGAUGCGCGGCUUCUUGAGGACCUUGGAAUCAAUUGCCCUUCCGCAAGUCAGUUGACAGGGAGGACCUUGGAUGCCGGGGAGCUGUCAUCGACGGAGAGCUCGGAGUCGGAACCACCAUCUGGUGGCGGGGACCAGCAAGCAGACGAUGUCUUCAGACCAGAGCUUUGUGGCAACUUCGGAAACCCCUUGAUGCUGGAGUGGGACGGGAGAGAGUCGCCUAUCACUGACGGCUAUGGCCUUUGUUCUCCAACGCGUUGGCAUCCUGCCUCCCGUGGAGCAUCGCUACCAGAGAAAUCAAAGGACCUGUCGAGACGCUUGAAUGGCUUGGUGCAGCAAUUUGUCGCAGAGCAGGUGCCAGACUGCCAGUUGCUGGCACUCAAGUUGGCCACCGGACAGAUUCUGGAAUCGCCAUUCGAGGAGGGUGCAAUGCGACGCCUUCGCGAGGACUGGGCUGCACUUGUAUGUGAGACCGAUGGAGCCAAACACGAAGGUUUGCUGGAAGUCGCGGGCUUCAGGACAGAUGCAAAGUGUGCCGACGGAUUCGUCGUGUUGGCCGGUUGGGAGCUAAGUGAUGACACCAAAAGUUCAAAAUGGUUUUCGCUGCGCUUGACACCGAGUGACGCACCAUACUUGUUUGAUCAGGAGGGGAAAUCACAAUGGGCAUCAGGCUCAGCAGAACUGCUGGCAACAUUGGCGGCCCUUCACGUCUUCGGAUACUUGACCGCCUCUGUGGACAGAAAGGAACUGGACGUCGAGUGCGCGGCGGACACAGACAAUCAGGGCAACUCGAGAUUGCUCAAGAAGGGGUCCUCAACCAAGUGGCCCCUGAUGUUGAUCAACAUGCAGUUGUCUGAUUUGCUUCUUCGCUCUUCCUUGAAGCUCCUCCUACGGUGGAGGCCGCGCGAUGAGAAUCAGUACGCAGACCAGCUUACGAAUGAGAUUUUCACUAACUUCUCGGACGAACAUCGCAUUGCAUGCACAUACUCGGAUUUGCCCCUUGCGCUUCUGCAUCAGUUGUGGGAGACAAAAGAAAACUUCGACUCAGCACGAAGGGCUCAGGCCGUGCUUCAGCAGGAUGCCUCGGGGCAUCGUCCUCAGAAGAGGAAGGCAGAGAAAACACCUUGGUAG